CUAUCUAUCUAUCUAUCUAUCUAUCUAUCUGUCUGUCUGUCUUUCUUUCUAGCAAGGUUGCAUUUCACCUCUCAGAUGUUGUAAUGGUGUCUGGUAAAUGCUGAGCCAACAAAUGAGGCAGAGAUGCUGAAGUCGGCAGAAAUAAAUUGCAGAAUGACAAAAUAGAACGGGAUCCAAAGAAGAAGGGAAGGACUUUGACGUUCAGCAGCUGGGAACACAGUAGGAGAGGCUCCACACUCCACAUUCAUUUUCCUCCUCCCUUGAGCGAGCGCUGUCUGUCUCUCCAGGAAAUACUGCCGCAGCUCCAGUGGCUCGGGAUUGCUGAAGACGAGAGAAUUAGAUUCCAGACAGGCAGGGACAGGUGCUGCAGGCGGAGGAAGGAGGAGCAAAGCAAAGCGGAGACACGCCGCAAUGCUUCAGAGGAGGAAUUCUGAAACAGCUGUCCAGCAGACGUCCUGCCUGUGAGAAGUAAACCCUCAAGGGCAGAAAGAGAGAGAGAGAGUGAGAGAGAAGACGAAAACGGCAACACGCUACACCACCCAGAAGCUGACUAACAGUUUGGGUCAAGGCACCUCCGGAACGACAACCACAGAGUGAAGAAAAGAGGGGCAUUCAUCUGCAAAGGAGCACAGGAGCAGGUAAAGGACAUUAAUCCAAACAUUUGAGCUGGAUUAUCUUCAGUGAAGAUUGAGGACGCAUUUAAAACAGCUGCUCUCUGAGAAUGUAACCCCUGCACUUCUCCUUUGCGAGACUCCAGCAAGUUUAUCGCACACCGCCGAGGAGAUCUGAACUUCCAGAGUGUUCCCUGUUCCUCUCCAUAACUGCUGGACUCUAUUGCAGGGAUGCCUGCCAAAACGCCCAUCUACCUGAAAUCCAACUACAGUAAGAAGGGAAAGAAAUGCCGUCUGAGGGACAUUUUAUCCCCGGAUAUGAUAAGCCCGCCUCUUGGGGACUUUCGACACACUAUCCACAUUGGAAAGGGCGGCGAGUGCGAUGCCUUCGGUGACAUGUCAUUCCUGCAAGGAAAUUUUGAGCUUCUACCAGGGAAAGGUGGUCGUAUUCGACCUCAAUAUGGCAUCCACGGGGAGUUCACAAGAGCUAAUAGUGCCUCCGAUGCGUCUUGCGUCGAAACUCCAUCUCCGGUCCUGAAGAAUGCAAUCUCGCUCCCAUCCAUCGGUGGCAGCCAAGCACUGACUCUACCUUUGAUUUCCACCACCGUGUUUCCCAUGACCCAAGAUCGCCUGUCUGAGCCAUCGACUCCUCCAGCCGGUUCUGAAGAUCUGGAAAUCCUGCAGAUGGAGACCCUGCUUCAGUCCAUCAGUGCCUUCAGGAGCGACCCCAGCCCCGUCCCAGAGGAGGACGAACCUUUGAUCGACCGCACUGAGACGCCUGAGAAAUCACUUGCAAAGAAGAAGAUACACAGCAGUGAAAAUGAGCUUGAAACAUUUUUGUCCGUCUUUGUUAACGGGAACGCUGAUGCCAAUGGGAAUUUUAACAAUGGUAACAACAGCGAUUCGGUCUUUGAGUAUGAACAGGAGAUGUUCGGCAUCAAGGGUGACUGGGCGGACAGAGAUAGCGGUGUUGAAGAGGGUCGUCUAUGCGAUUCAGACUUUGAAAUCUCCAAAAGCAAAAGCCACUCGCAGGAGUCGCUCACUCAAAUCACGGGAUCCCUAUUCUCUCUCGAACUCGACUUGGGCCCAUCUAUUUUGGAUGAUGUACUCAAUAUCAUGAAUAAGCCAGUGUCUUAGGAAGUGAUUUUUAUUGAGAACUAAAAGGGAAUCUAUUUGUCAUGAGCCAAUAAAUAUGACAUGGCAAUACUGAACUGAUGAGGCUGAACUUUCUUUCCCAGAGUAAGUUUUUAGUCUUUAGCUUCGGAGUGUCUUGCACACCUUGUUUUGCAAAGUAAUGCGACUGACACACAGCCGCUGUGCCUUUUAAGUUAAAUUUAAGCAUGCAUAGAUUUUGAUGUUGAACAUGCAGAUCAAAUGAGGCUUUUUCUGUGUACUGUUGCUCAUCCACAACAUCAUACAAAAGCCUGUGUGAUAAUGUGUACAUUUCUGCAAACAUAUACGAUGUUCCCAUCACAACGUCCUCCAUGCACAGAUAUAUUUAUACUGACAGUUUCAUUAACCACACUACCAAAUCUUAAAGGCAUAUACCUACAGCAUAUAUGUUUUUAUGUUGUAAAGCUAAAUAUGAAAUAAAUAAAUGAAUAAACAAC